AUGACCCCACUAUUUAUCGCUGGACGCUACUACGGUCAAUAUUUAUACAUCAUGGUGACUUUGUGCAUUUGCAUUUUCUUGGCCCUAGGGAAUGUUUGUGGGUUUGAGCGAGCCUCCCGAGAUGAAAUGUUUGGAAAGCGGUUGUUUCAGCGCCAUCUACGUGAAACAUCUGGGACAUCAACAGGGUCCUCGACUUCGUUUAGUUCUCUCGCCAGUGGUGGCUUUAGUCCCGGAACACUCACCGGAAGUGGGACUGGGUCGCUAGGCUCCAUGAGUUUUAAUCCAAACCAAUUCAACUCAAUGAUGGGUCAAACUUCGGGCGGCUCAUUCGGAAAUUUUGGAUCUGGAAGUGGCAUGGGUUCGGGUUUUGGAACAACUGGAAGUGGAAGUACUUCUGGCUUCGGGUCUGGAAGUUUUUCCAGCUCUGCAGGGUUCGGAUCGGGAUCUAGUUCAUCGUCUAUGGGAACAGGAUUUAAUGCUGGAUCAUUUGGAGGUUCAGGUACUGCAUCAGGUUUCGGAAUGGGGUCAUCAUCAACUGGCUCUGGCUCAGCAACAGGAACCGGAUUUAAUGCUGGUUCAUUUGGGGGUUCAGGCACUGCGUCAGGAUUUGGAACAGGUUCAUCAACAACAGGCUCCGGAUCAUCGACAGGAUCUGAAACAGGGUCAUCCACAGGAACUGGAUUUAAUACAGGGUCAUUUGGAGGGUCUGGAUCUGGAUCAACAGAAACAGGAUUCAAUGCUGGAUCAUUCGGAGGAUCUAGCUCCGCAUCAGGAUUUGGAACGGGUUCGUCAACAACUGGUUCCGGUUCAUCCACAGGAACUGGAUUUAAUACAGGGUCAUUUGGAGGUUCAGGCACUGCGUCAGGAUUUGGAAUGGGUUCAUCAACAACUGGAUCUGGUUCAUCAACAGGAACCGCGUUAAAUGCAGGGUCAUUUGGAGGGUCAGGUACGGCCUCGGGUUCUGCAUUUGGGUCUUCAACAGGAACUGGAUUUAAUGCUGGAUCCUUCGGAGGUUCAGGCGCUGCAUCUGGAUUCGGAACGGGAUCUACUACAACUGGUUCUGGCGCCUCUGGAAAUAAUGGAUUUAAUAUCGGGACAUUUGGUACUGGUUCAAGCACAGGUGGGAUAUCUGGAAGUUUUGGUACAGGAUCAGGAGCUGGAGUAAAUGGAACAAGUUCCACGGCAGGAUCUGGAGGCUUCGGUUCAGCUGGAAUGACAGGGGGAACAAGUGGUUCUGGUUCAAGUUCGUUUGGUUCCACUGGUGGGUUUGGAGGCUCUAGUGCUUCUACAUCUGGAUCUGGCUUUAGUUCCUCGGGAUUUGGAAGUUCUAGUGCUUCGUCAUCUGGAUCCGGCUUUGGCUCGUCGGGAUUUGGAAGCUCUGGUGCUUCUAGUGGAUUAUCUUCAGGAUUCGGUUCAUCAUCAGGAAACAGCACACUCAGCAAGACUCCCACAUCGUAUACGACGAGCAAUGGACCGGGAACUGGAAAUGGCCGAUUUGAUUACAGUAACAGUUUUGGGAGUCAAAGUGCAUCAACAGGGUUUGAUGCGUUCAGCAGCAAUUCUUUAAACAAACCUGGUAGCGGAUUUAUCAGACCAAGCCUUCUUGAGGCUAGCUUUGGCUCAGGUAUGCCAAAAGGAGGUAGCUUUGCGGACGGAAUAAAAGGCUACAAUGCCGAUGCAUUGGUACCAGGCGGUGAUACGGGAGGAACGCAAGGCGCAUCGAGUGGCACCAGUGGUGCUGUUAGUGGCGCUGGAAAUAAAAUUCCUACAUCAAACACUGGCAGCAGUGGGGGAGCUAGUAAAGGAGAUGAUGGAUCGACACUCAGUGGUUUCGUAGGCAGCUUCACUAGUAAUAAGCUUGGAAAUGUUUCAAGUAUCGGGGGGUUUACUUCAUCAGGAUCGGGUGCUAUUGGAUCGGGAUCGGGUGGCAGUGGAUCAACCAUAGCGGCGACAACUGGCAGUGCCUCUACAUUUGGAGACAGUGGCAGUAGCGGUAGUUCCUCCUCAAGUGGGUUCGGUUCCAGUGGAUCGAGUGGCUUCGGUUCUGGUGGAUUUGGCGAUGGUUCGGGAGGAUUUGGGUCUGGGGGUUUUGGUGGUGCAAGCUCUAGUGUUGGCUCAAGCGGAAGUGGUUCCGGGGGAUUUGGAUCUGGGGGUUUUGGUGGAAGUUCAAGUGGCACAUCUGGUGGAUUCGGAUCUGGGGGUUUUGGUGGAAGUUCUAGCAGCACUGGUGGAUUUGGAUCGGGGGGUUUUGAUGGAAGCUCAAGCGGAAGUGGUUCUGGUAGUUUUGGGUCAGGAAGUGGGAGCUCCACAGCUUUUGGAGGAGGAGGGGACAGUUUUGGCGGGGCUUUUGGGUCAAACACCGGAGGUUUUGAGAGCGGAAGUGGAUUUUCUUACACGGACGGUUCGAUGAGUAAAGGUGUACACGACACUCACGCCGGAGGAGGACCUCUGUGAGUAAUACAUUGGAGUGACACUUCAGGUCUCUGUUAUAUCAUUACGAUGUUUAGUUGAUGAAAUGUCAUCUGUGUACCCUCAGUUCUAUUAAAUGAUUGGGGAUAAA